UAGUAAUUUAGUAAAAUUUUGGCUUUUUUGUCCAAAUUUAAGUAAAUAUAUAAUGAUGUGUGUCUAAACUUCAGCAGUGUCAUUGUGAGUGAUAAACGCAAUAAUGAAGCUCCAAAUCCUGCUAUGUUUGGUGGCCAUGGCUGUUAUGGUGUCUGCCCGUCCCGAGCAGUACACUGACAAGUUUGACAACGUCAACCUGGACGAAAUUCUCAGCAACCGACGUCUUCUUAUGCCUUACCUCAAAUGUAUUACUGAUGAAGGAAAAUGUACUCCAGAUGGAAAGGAACUAAAGAAGCAUAUCAAGGAAGCGCUCCAAGAAGACUGUGCCAAGUGCACGACGUUCCAGAAGAAUAACUCUAACAGAGUAAUGGCUAAGGUGAUAAAUGAAGAGCCAGCCUACUGGGAGAAGAUAAAGGCUAAAUACGACCCACAGAACGCCUUUUCUUCCAAAUACGAGAAGGACUUGAAGAAAAAUUAAGCUAAAAUAUUAAAUAAUGGUAAUAAUCAUGUUCCUAAUAUAUCACAUACCAAAUUGUUAUCACUAUUUUAGAAAAUUAAGUUUCAAGUAAUAAAUUUUCGAAGAAU